AUGGAGCUGUCAGAACUUCUUCUUAUCCCGGCCAGGCACCUGGUGCUUGCCCUCGUCGGCCUCGCCAUACUCGGCCUCGGGGCGUCCAGAAUCCGCAAGCUGCUUGCUCGUCGUCGAUUUGCGCGUCAGCACGGUUGUCGCCCCCCGGCCAGAUUUCGCACCGCUGACCCUAUUCUGGGCCUCGACAUGAUCCGCCAACAGCUGCGUCGUGCCAAGGAGCACAAGAUUCUCGAGACGUCUGCCCAGCGCUACGAGGCCUGCGGGACCACCCACUCCAUGGACGUGCUGCGCAAGCGCAUAAUCUUCACCACGGAUCCCGACAACAUCAAGACGGUGCUGUCGCUCAAGUUUGACGACUUCAUCCUCGGCGACCGCCUCAAAAACUUUGGGCCUCUCCUCGGGACGGGCAUUUUCGACACCGACGGCCAGCGCUGGCACAACUCGCGCGCUCUCAUCCGGCCCAACUUCACGCGCGAGCAGGUGGCCGACCUGGCGGCCUUUGAGGCCCUGAUCCCCGACAUGCUCGCCUUGAUCCCGCGCGAUGGGAAGACGACGGUCGAUCUGCAGGAGAUUUUCUUCCGCUACACCAUUGACUCGGCCACGGAAUUCCUGUUUGGCCAGUCGGUCGGGAGUUUGAAGCAGGACAUCAUCGCGUCGGGCGAGCUCAGCUUUGCUGAGGCUUUCAACUACUCGCAGGAUGAUAUUCGGAUACGCAACAUCCUCGGCGGCCUGUCCAAGUUUUACCGCGACCCAAAGGCCAAGAUGUGCAACAAGUACUGCCGCGACUUUGCCCAGCAAUUGGUCGAAAAGGCCGUCGAGGCCGUCGAGGCCGAGGAUGAGAAGGGGCGCCACGGCGACGGCGACGGCAAGCGCGCCAAGUACGUCUUCUCGCGCGAGCUAGCGAGGCGAACGUCGGACAAGCUCUGCAUCCUGGACGAGGUCAUGAACGUUUUGCUGGCCGGACGCGACACCACGGCCAGCCUGCUCAGCAACAUGUUCUUCAUGCUGGCUAAAAAGCCCGCCAUCUGGGCCAAGCUGCAAGCCGAAGUCUCCUCGUUAGACGGCCGACUGCCUAGCUACCAAGAGCUACGGAACCUCCGCUACCUCAAGUGCUGCAUGAACGAGUCCUUGCGCAUUCACCCCGUCGUCCCCAUGAACAGUCGUCAAGCCACACGAGACACCGUCUUGCCCACGGGCGGGGGCCCCGAUGGUCAAUCACCGGUUUUCGUCCCCGAGGGCACUCGCGUCAGCUACAACGUCUACGCCAUGCACCGAAGAAAGGACUUUUACGGACCGGAUGCCGACGAGUUCCGCCCCGAGCGGUGGGAGGACGGAAAGCUGCAGCCGCGCUGGGAGUAUCUGCCGUUCAACGGCGGCCCGCGCAUCUGCGUCGGUCAGCAGUACGCCCUGACAGAGGUGUCGUACGUCACGGUGCGGCUCUUGCAGGAGUUUUCCGCUCUGCAGAGCCGUGACCCGGGGCCGUGGGAAGAAAAGCUGACGCUAACGUUGAGUUCGCGGAACGGGACGCAAGUCUGUCUCACGCCGCGGUCGGGGUCGGGGUCGGGAUCGGCCCCGUAG